CACUUAAAUAGUUAUAUUUAUUAACAUAAGUAGGUAGCAUUCUUACAGUAGCACAAAGGUCAGUAUUGUUUUUAGUGUAUUUGGAUCUCAGUUGAUCACCUGCUGAACGUGUAAUUUAACUGUGAACAAGUCAAGGUGUCUAACCCCCUGGGGAUUUCACUCAAUGCUCCACACAAUACACAAUCCAGCACUGACACUAAAUGUCAGAGCAUUGCGUCCAGUUCCAAAGCGCUGAAAUGCAAACAAAAGGUCUGAAAAACCAAUUCGAAGCAAAGUGGAAACCACCCACAGUGUACUGUAAGGAACUGAAGCAUCUUUGUAGGUCUGGAGAGAGAUAAUACCUUACUUCUGGAUGACCGGAUGUUUGGAGGAUCCUCUGUAUUUGAAAAAGCUUUCUAGCCAGAAGCAUAACUCCCUAAUGUAACGUAAUUAAAAAACUCAGGCUUCCAAGCAUGAUGGGUACAGAAGUGGGACAGUUUCGGAACUGGGAAGUCAGAAUGAAUACAUUGCUAUCUGAUGGGAGGGAGGGAACUGGUGUGCCCUCGGCACCCCCCAUGUUACAGCUGUGCCAAUUUCAAUUAGAGAGACAACCUCUAAAACGUGGCUAUUAACCUAACCACCAAUUAGAAAGCCUACACAUGAAAGUAGAUUAUAGCUUAUUUGAUGGAAGCCUCAACUGCUAAUUGCCGUGCUGAGAUCAAGGUAGGUAAGCUGGUCAGUGUACUUAGGGCAUGGAGUGAUAAUUAGGAACUAAUGUGCAUGUGACUUUGUGAAUGAAACAAGGGAAGGCAGGCUUUAAGGGAAGUGGGAGAGAAGCGGGUUACACAGAAGGAUCUAGAAGGGGGUUUAUCGUCUAAAUCCAUACUUAACCACUGAGGGAUAAGCUGAGGGGACUGACUUGGACAGAUCUCCAGCCCCUGGAACAUUGGCUACCACACUGUCCUAUGUCGCAUGUAAUCAAAUAGACAGGGGAAUGAGAAGAAAGCAGGCCUUAAAGGAGCUGCUGCAAGGUUUCAGUAAGUGACUUAAAAAUGCUAAGGGCUGUGCGUAGAGGGAGACCACUUGCAUUUCCACUGAGUACAGUUUCAGUUUUAAAUUAAUAGUAUUCAAAUAUUUAGGCACAAGCAGUGACUCAAGAUUUACAUAGCACAAUUUACUUAUUAUUAAUUAAUUAAAACCUUUUUUGGUGCUGGGGACUUAGAGUUUCCUUAAGGUUUUAUAGAGAAGUGCACGUCUUUUGAUAUUUAAUUUAAAGCAUCAAAAUCUGGCUAAAUAAGGAGGCAUAUAAAUAGCCCCGUGAUUUUAAAUAGAAAUAUUGGGAAACACAGGGUGAUUUUAACAGACUCUGUAAAUUUCUGCUGCUGCAGCAGUCAGCAGAGUUCUCAGAUGGACUGCAAUUAGGAUGCAAAGAAACAGGAACAACUACAGGCUGAUAUCAUCAAGUCCAUUUGUCACGUUUGUCAAUUUUUAAUGAUGGCCUUCUCCACUUAGAAUCCCGGGAGAGCAGGAUCCCUAGUGCUUAGGACAGAGCCUGACGCAGAGCAUCUCUAAUCCUUAUCUUCUGCUUAGAUGGAGUGAAGUAGUUCCAGUCAACUCAGCUGUUAUCGGAAUAUCUCUACCCCCAUGCUUGGCUCCCACUUCAAACUGAAUACACCCAGUGAAAAGGCACGCUGGUCCUCUACCGAGGCUUGUUUUUCCUAUAUUCCUAAGACCGGUGCCACCACAUAAUAACCAAGACCAGAUAAAUCACGCUCUUAGGUCCUUCUAGACACUUCCUUCACACCCACCUUCUGAGCUACUUUAGGGAGUUGUCAUUUUAGGUUGGUUUUUUUUUUUUUAAUGACAAACCAUUCUGCUCACUUCUUUGAAAUCCUUGAAAAUGAACAAGUCCUCCCCUUAAUAAAACAAGCAAAUUUACUCAUUCUAUCUUUAUAUUCUUCUAAUCAUCUCACGGGCCUCCAGGAGGGCACCUACGUUCCUCAGAAUCUACCAGGCCGUCCUUCUCACACACAUUUUCAGACUGCUACUGCUGUCCCUCCAGGUCCAAACUUUGGUUACUCAAAACAAUUACUUCCAGAACGUUCCAUAUAUCUCCCAAGGUCCUGCAUUUGUUGGUCCUCCUGCCUAGGAACUAUUCUUUCAUAGUAAUGACUUCCUCUGUCAGAUUCUUCCUGUACCUUCAAGAUCCAGCCACUUCCAAACCUCUGAGCAUCUCCCUGCUUCGCAGACUUCCAAUUUCAUACCCCUCGACCGACCGUUUGAAGACUGAGAUUGUUUUGUUCGUUGUGAAAGCAACAGUGUGCUGUAUUGUUUUCGUGAGAGACCAGGUUUCAGUUCAAUACCCACAUUUUAGAGAUGGAGAAGCAUGAACCUCUGAGGUGUCACGGCUUAAAAGGAACAGAAGCCGCAGGAAUCUAAGAGCUUAAGCCAGAAUGCAGAGCCUCCAGGCUUUUAGCCAGUACUGAUCAGAACACAUCAAAAGGUCACUUUUGAAGUUAACUCACAUCUAUAAGUACAGUGUAACAAUCACAUGGUUACAUUGUUGCUUUGACAUCCAGAUCUCCCCUCCCCCAUGUUUCCUGAAGGAAAGGCCAACAUCCUCUUUUGGCAUCCAGGGGUGACUGCAGGGUUCCUCUCUCCCUCUUUCACUGAAAGGGGGUGGGGGUGGGCUCUGUCUGAAAGACUUCUGCUUAGGACAGGCCCCUGCUGGGUUGGUUUGUAUUUCUGGAAACCUCGGUGCCUAUCCGGACGUGAGCAGAUUUUGGGGUUGGAAGGAACUCAAACUCCUGGGAAGAGCAACAUUCCAGGGUGCUCUGAAGCAGCUUUGAGAGGCGGGGUUCAUACACUCUCCUGAACGACGGGACAGACGGGAGGGGUUGUCGCUGCCACUGACGGAGCAGAACGGACGCGGAGAGGACCUACGAAUCCAGUGUGCGGUGGAAAGCCUCUGGAGGCAGGGCGUCCAGACCACGCCCCCGGUUCUGAUUGGCUCCUUCGAAACAGGCGGCAGCACUCGGCGGCGAACUGCGGCGGCGGCGGUUGGUCGCAGGCUUGCUGGCACGCACAGAUUGAGCCCAAGUCGCCCCGCAGGGAGAAGUGGUCUCGCGCCCGGGCUGGUUCCAAGAAGUUAGCACCAUCAUGCCCAGGUAGCUGGUUUACGUUGGAGCAGGGAUUGAACCGAGGUGAAUCCGGUGCUCUGUACUGCCGUAGUGCUGUUUUGAUGGAAUACCAUACUCUCGAACUAUCACUUGAGAGGAGGACACUGAAAUGGCAAAGCACCUUUGACGCACAUGGCAGGCAUGCAGACUGAUUCCAAGAACAGCUCUGGAGCCAACGCGGCCGCCUCUUUGGGUUUUUGACAGAUCUUCUCGGGAAGGUAAAUAGAAGUUUCGUCUCAGUGUGGAUGACCAUGCAGCCUGCAAUCCAGGUGUGGUUCGGGGAAGAUCUACCUCUGAGUCCCAGGUGUCCUCUGACUUCCAGACAUGGCCCCGGAUUGGCUGAUGUUUGCCAGUAUGACGAGUGGAUAGCCGUGAGGCACGAAGCCACUCUGUUGCCCAUGCAGGAAGAUCUCUCUAUCUGGUUGUCCGGCUUACUAGGUAUUGACAUUAAGGCGGAGAGAUUAUUGGAAGAACUCGAUAACGGGGUGCUGCUGUGCCAGCUAAUCAAUGUCCUCCAGAACAUGGUGGGAGCCGGCCUCUCUGAGGAACCAGGGAAUUUUCCAAUGAGAAAAGUGCCCUGUAAGAAAGAUGCUGCCUCGGGCUCAUUCUUUGCCAGAGACAACACUGCCAAUUUUCUUCACUGGUGCCGGCGCAUUGGGGUUGACGAAACUUACCUCUUUGAGUCUGAAGGUUUAGUUUUGCAUAAAGACCCCAGGCAGGUGUACCUGUGUCUUCUUGAGAUUGGCCGCGUCGUGUCAAGAUAUGGAGUUGAGCCACCAGUGUUAGUAAAACUUGAGAAAGAAAUUGAAUUGGAAGAAACCUUGCUUAAUACCUCAGGGCUUGAAGAGUCCAUCAGCAUCCCCAAGUCCUGCUGUCAGCAAGAAGAAUUACAUGAGGCUGUUAAGCACAUCGCCGAGGACCCUCCUUGUAGCUGUUCUCAUCGAUUUUCCAUUGAAUACUUAUCUGAAGGGCGGUACCGGCUGGGGGAGAAGAUACUCUUUAUAAGGAUGCUUCAUGGAAAACAUGUUAUGGUCCGCGUUGGCGGAGGCUGGGAUACUCUGCAAGGAUUUCUGCUGAAAUAUGACCCCUGUCGAAUACUACAGUUUGCUACCCUAGAACAAAAAAUUUUAGCAUUUCAGAAAGGAGUUUCUAAUGAAAGUGUGCCAGAUUCGCCUGCCAGAACUCCUCAGCCUCCAGAAAUGAACCCUUUGUCAGCAGUUAAUAUGUUUCAGAAACAAAAUUUAAAACCUGGCACACCAGUGAGUGUUCCGAAGGGCAAGGAGAGACAGGUACACCGGCCAGGUGCGUGUCUGCCUGCCUCGUCAGUAAAAGGUAAUUUGGCUUCCCUGUCUACCCGUUCUAAACGUCCAGAUUCUCCAGCCUCACUUCUGCAUCCCAAGGUCACAUCUUUGAAGGGCAUAGCAAAAAAGGUGAACGCUCCUUCCAACAGUGCAUUGUCCUCUCUGACUUCCCUAAAUCCAGCGGCUAAACCAAGCACUGCAAAGUGUGCAUCAGAGUCGGGGAGAAAAUGUGUCACCUUCCCCAAGACUCCUCAGACCAAGGCUGUUCCAGCCCAGAAUUCAAGGGAUCCAUCUAAGUCUAGACUUUUACCAAGUAAACCUCCUGGAAACAUUGAACCAAAGCAUUUGAAACACAACCAUCUUUCUUCCAGGGCUGAGUCAUCCACGUGCCCAAAGCUUCCUAAAGGCACUAUGCAAGGAAGGCCUAACCUUUCUCCUUUCCAGUCGCCUGCAAAAGUCACAAAACCCAGUUCUAAAACUAGAGCCAUAGGUCUCGGGACACAGUCUCAGCCACCUGAUAGAACUCUGAAGUCAGGGGCUACCUCAGCACCAAGACAUCAGUCUACGCUGAAUUUAAAUAAUCCAGCUUCUGUGUGCUCAGGGUCCUCGGCGAACACUACUCAGAAAUUGAAAGGUAAGAGUACAGUUUCAGUUGCCAAAAAACCACCUCAGAGUAAGGGCAUCUGCCCGAAUCUAGGGCCUAGCUCUUCAAAGUCUCCUGGCCGUACCCCACUGUCCAUUGUGACUGUUCCCCAAUCUGCUGCCAAGUCAGAAACCGUCUCAAAGUCAGCAAAGACUGCCAUGAAGGGCCAGUACUCAGCCAAAGGGCCUCCCAAAAGCAGCAAGGCACCAGCUUCCUCCCAGAACCCACCCUCGUCUGGUAAGGGAGCAGACAGUGGAAAUAAAACACCUACUGCCAAGAAAAAGGAAGAGGAUGACCAUUAUUUUGUUAUGACUGGAAAUAAGAAGCUUAGAAAAUAAAUAUAUCUUUAUCGUUUCAACAAAUCAAGGCUAUCAGUGAACAGGGAUCCACAGGAUCCCCAAAGAUCUCCUGUCAGUCUGCCUGUCAGUCAGUCUGUCAGUCAGUCUGUCUGUCUGUCUGGAGAGCUGCAGACAUGAGGUCGAGAUGGGACAAAGCUGGGUCAGGAAGGGACGGAGUCACGUGCAUUUUGUAUGCUAAUGGACAAAUGUGUAAGUUUUGAUUUGUUUCGUCUUGUUACUGUCUGCUGUUUGAGGGAAAUGUAGAAGUCCGACAACACUACUAGAAUUUUAACUACCGGUGGUCUAAUUUUGAAUAGGUGUUAACUGUCGAGAUUAUCUGCUAAUGGCCACUCUGAUGCUCUUAAACACUAGCUACUGCGCUCAGUCACAAAGCCGUGGUCUGCUUGGCGUUGGUGUGUACCUAGAGUUCCAGCUCUGAAGGCUGGGCAGGCGUACAUAGUAAAACCUAGCAAGGUUCCGAAAUGCGCGGGUAAUAGCUACCUAAGGUAAUUCGUUGGUCUAGCAGUCCUAAGUACCAAUGACCCCUGCUGCUUAGUUUGAUAUUACUCUAAAUUAAAUGGAAUCCUUUUUAUUUAAAUCUCUAUAACCUUUCCAUAUCAGAAGGGACUUUUUUUUCUAAAUUAAACUGGGCUUUUAUUAAUAUUGGUAUCAUUUUAUAACCAAUAUUUUUGAUAAGAAAAAAAACCUCAACCAAGUAAGUUAACUUAUUGAAUCAUAAGCUGAAAUUUAGUAAGAAGUAAAUAUAUAUGUAUAUAAUCUAGACACUUUGUAUCUUAUAUUUUCAGAUGAAGCCUGUGCAGUGUGAUGGGGAAACAUUUAAUAGCUUUUAGCAUAUUAAAAUAUUUUAAAUAGACAUUUCCUAUGUGUACAGAUAAAAAUUUUUUAUUGAAAUAAUGUGUUUUGAUACCAGAAUUAGGUUUUAAUGAUCUUAAAAUUAAAAGGGAUGGGGGUGUGGAUCAGUGGAUAAGUCAUGUCUAGUGCAGGCGUUGGGGCUGGAGUUUGGGUCCCUAUACCUACCUAACAAUCUGGAUGGUUUGAAGGUCUGCCUGCAGUCCCAGCACUCAGGAAGAGAGAGAAUCCCCUGAGACAAGCUGGCCAACUAGAACAGCCGGUGGAUGAGACACAGCUUUUCUGGUCUCUCUAUGUACAGAUCCAUACAUACAUGCCUGCACACAUGUGCAUGUGCACACACACACAUAUAUGCAUGCACAGCACAUAUAUUAACACAUAUAAAAAAUUAAGAUGGUAUUAAGAUAGCCUUAGAGUGAUACUGUGCACACAUCCCAUCAGGUGACUCGUAUUUCUUUUGUUAACACACUAUCGAUUUUAAUUAGCUUCUCCAAAUUAUGUUCACCUUCAUUAGUAAAGCCAUGUUGUGCUUGGUUUCCCAGUGCCCAGCAGGCAGUGCACGUGGUGCCUCCUGUUCUGUAGGCACAGUCUCUUCAGGAAUUCCCAGAUGAGGUAAUGACAGCAUGAACUCUUUCCGCACACAGUGAUACUUAUGAAUGAUUUAUGUACAGGCCUGUCACCAUUAAAGUUUAUUAAUGUACCCUGAGAACUUUUAAGGGUGUUUUAAGUGACUAUGGUAUUACCGGGUAUCCUAAGUUUUACAGGGGGUGGAGGGACAGGUCUAAGUGAUACAUGUCUCAAAAAAUGUCACUUUAACUCCUCUUUUAUAACUCAAAUACCCUCCCUUUAAAAUCUCCUUGCCUUCCUCUUUCUCUUCCUUUAUUUUCUUUGUGAUACUGAGGGCCCUGAUCUGGGUGUCUCACAUUGCCAGGUAAGCAAUGACAGAGCUUCCUCUCCAGGCCCUUCAAAUACGGUUUCUAACACAAAGUAGUGCGCAGGCACACCAUGGCUGAGCGAGUGGGUAUCAUAGCUGGCUGCUGGCAUUCUCUAGACCUACAGCAAGAGAACCUUGUGUGAGAAUCCAGUGAUCUUCACCCGAGAAGUAUGCUUAAAACCAAAUUGGAGAUCUCCUUGGUAGAGCUUACAACAGAAGCCACCGAACACUUGGAAUUUUUUUUUUUUUUUUGAGACAUGUCUCUAGUACAUAGCUGGAGAUGACCUUGAAUUUCUGAUACCCCUGCCUCCGUUUCCCAGGCACUGGAAUUACAAGCAUGAUUCCUCCGUACCCCUAAAACUUAUGAUAAUUGAUGAUACCAUAGUUACUUAAAACACCCUUAAGACUCCCCAGACUUGCUUCAUUCAGUUCUGAGCAUCGAGAACGGCAACAUUUACAUCUUUGAAAGCAUCUCUAGUAUUCGAGAGAUGGCAGGAACAUUUCUAGUAAUUAGGAAUGUCUAACACACCUUUCAGACGGGAAGAAGGGUACCUUUAUAGAGGCCGUUCCCUCCUCAUCUAGAGAACCGUAAAACUAUUUCUAGAUCAGUAACUUCUGAGAGUUAAAAGAAAAAUAUAAAUUAGAUAUGGGCAGACUGAGCCCGUGACUCAGGAGACUGUACCGUUUUAAAAAUAUUAUCUUUUGUGUUGGGAGAAUAAAGAUACUCCCAGACACCUGGCACACAUUCCAGAAUUAACCUUAGAGUUAUUUAUUUAAAAUAGAGGCUCUUCUGUCUGCUUCUCAGCAGAAUUUCUCCAACUAAAGUCAUGUAGGGUGAAGUUCUCUUUCUGUGUACUUUGUCUUCUCUAAACACAGGUUUUAUGGAAAUAAGUAGUUCAGUUCCAUUCGGCUAGAGAGAAGGCUCAGCAAUUGAGAACACUCGGUAUCUUGCAGAGGACCUGAGUUCUGUUCCCAGCACUCACGAGCAUCCAGGACUCUGUCUCAGGGUAUCCAAUGCUUGCUUCUGGCUUCCGCAGGCACUGGUCAUGCAUACGUAUAGGCAAAACAUUCAUAACGCAAUAAAUUAAUAAGUAAAUCUAAAAGACCUUUCCCUCACAAAUUAAAAAGAACAAGUUAAAUUCCUUCUAAUAUAUUUUGAUAUUUUCUAAAGGAGCUGGUGAAUCUCCACCACAAUUUAAAAAAAAUGACAUUGUAAUUGUAAUCUCUUCUCUUUACUAGUACUGUGAGGUUCCAUAAGGCCUGUGUUUAAUAUCUAGUCAGAUAAUUAUUAAACAUAAAAUGCUGAAGAUACCUGGAGGAUACAACGUGCGGUUUCUAAAAACAGAAUGUUUUCCUUUGUUAUACUUCACUAAUGAGUGAUUAGAUGAAGCCAGACGGGGAAGCGAGGUGAGCUUGCUUCUGAAAUAUCAUGGGCUGGGCUUCCCGUGAGGGGUAUGAGGAGAGUGCCUUCUGAAUGCUUAAGUGUUAGUGACCUUGGCCUGCCAUCUCCACAAGGUCUUCCUGUGCAACCGCAGCUUGCCUGGCCUUCUCUAAGGUAGCCCAGGCUGGCCUUGAGCUCAUAGCAAUCCUCCUGCCUUAGCUCCUGAGUGCUGUGUCUGCAGGUUUCAGUCACCACAUCCAGCUUGAACUUGUAGUUCUCAAUGGAUAAAGGAAUGGUUUGGAGAAAAUAAUUUCUUCUGCAACCUUUUUUUUUUUUUUAAUGUCUCUCUAAUUAAAAAAUCUGUUACUUCCUUAAAAGGAGCUAAUAAAGGUGGUGAUGUAUUCUUACAUCCCAGUUUCAUGCCGCCUCUAUGUCACUUUGGAGUUGUAUAUAUUCUGUUGUUUUUUUAAUUGUUAUUGUUCUGUGCCAGCAGUAUUUGUACACAAUUUAACUUAUAUUUUCUCAAGUAUUAAAAUGUCAACAUAGA